AACAGCAGUAAAGCAGCUAGAGUCAGUGUGAUGAGGAAGGAGAAGGAGUUGUCAUGACGAUGUCUGUCGAAAAGAACUGUCACACUGCGAAAGGAUUAAAUUGUUUUGGUGCCAGUGCCUUUAGACUCUGAGACACCACUGAUGAUGUCUUUUCGACAACGCCUGAUUAUUCAUCGUACUAUGAGAACAGUAAUGACGGCUUUGAUCCUUGUCCGGAAUACGAUUUCAGAACAUUUUAUAGAGAGUUUCUGGUGACCAUUUAUAUUUUGGUUUUCAUCCUGGGCUUCUUAGGGAACAGCCUUGUUGUGUGUGUUCUGAUGAAACACCGUAACCAGACUAACAUGACCGACAAGUGUCUUUUACACCUCGCCGCCUCUGACAUCCUCUUCAUCAUGACUCUUCCAUUCUAUAUCCAAUACGUUGUGGUUAAUGAAUGGACCCUAGGUGACCUCAUGUGCCGUUUCCUUUCAUUCGCUCAUCACACUGGAUUCUACAGCAGCAUCUUUUUCAUGGUUAUUAUGACACUGGAUCGCUAUGUGGUCAUCAUGUACUCUCACAAGGUGGCACAGUAUCGCACGAGGAAGGCGUGCUAUACUCUGAUUGCAAUUGUUUGGUUUCUGAGCAUCCUGGUAUCUCUGCCCACUUUCAUCUUCUCAGAGUUAGAUGAUGAUGACCAAUCUGUGACCUGUUCCUACAACCCGGAAAAAGAAAACUGGCGCUACUAUGAUCUAUUGGCAACAAAUAUUCUGGGCCUCGUGGUUCCCAUGCUGGUGAUGGUGGUUUGCUACUCGAGGAUAAUCCCCACUCUGGUCAGGAUGAGGACAGUCAAGAGGCACAGGGUUGUUAAACUCAUCAUCUCCAUAAUGGCCAUCUUCUUCGUAUUCUGGGCUCCCUAUCAUAUUUCCCGUUUCUUGAAGUUUCUGUUUGAAAAAGACAUAAUAACAGGCAGUUGCAGCUUUGAGAUAAUAAUUAAGCUGUCAACUACGGUGUCCGAGACAAUUGCCUACACUCACUGCUGCCUGAACCCAAUUAUAUAUGCCUUUGUGGGCCAAAAGUUUAUGAGACGAGCCCUGCAGCUGCUGAAGAGGUGGGCUCCUGGUCCAGUGACUUUCACAGAGAGCUCAUUCAGGAGAAGUUCGGUUCUGUCUCGGUCCUCUGUCACCUCCACCAUCGUCAUGAUGUAACUAUAUUUGAUUGACUUUAAAUAUUUGCAGAGUCUAAUCAGCGAUUAAAAACCAGUCAGUGUUAGUGUGGCGAUUUAAUCUUUAGGACAGUACUAAUAUCAGUAU